AUGGCAGAAGACGUGCCACGGAGGGUGAAAGUGACUUGGAGUGAUGAUCUGAGUCACGAUUCAGAAGAAGAAAGGGAGCGCGAGCGCUUGGCGCAAUUGGAACGCGAAUUGGCUGAACUUCCAGUUAAGCCAGAGUACCCGCCAGAAGACCUUGAAAAACUGGUUACCUUUAUCAUGAAAAUGACAACCCUCUACGACCUUCGGGAGACCGACUGGACACCUGAAACUAAAAAUGGAAUAGAGGAAUGGAUCUUGGAACCAAGAUCCUUGAUGCUGUGUAUUUAUUUUAAAGGCGAUGUUCUAAAAACUGCUUUUGACAUUCCACUAACACCUGUAUACGAUCUGAUGUAUUUUAUCAGACAACCUGAUUUUGUCUUCAAAGUGGAAACGUUCCACGAUGACAUUGUCUUUGGCACUUUUGUGGAUUCCGUUGAAUCCAAUAUGAUACAAAUUUUAGAGAUGGUGUACGCUCCUUACUUUUUUGCUAUCACGACAUGGCCUGAAAGCGUAAAAAGUGAAUUUUGUUCCCACAUUCACACGUUUCUGGCAAAACUGACUGAUAUGUAUUACAAAAUGCUUGGUAUUACCGUCCUUUAUAUACCACGGGAAGGACAACAGCUUUCCUUUGAGCAGGCAAGUGCUGACAGAGAGCUGGUGAAAAGGCUUGAAGGUGUCGUGGUCUAUUGGACUCAUCAGAUAAAAUCUUGUAUAGAAGACCACGCGUUUGUGUCGUCGCAACAGGAACUUUUGUGUCCGAGUGAUGAGUAUGACUUUUGGGUUUACAGACAUGAAAACCUAAAUGCUCUACUCUACCAACUACAGAAUCCCGCAGUAAAGCACAUAACGAAAAUUCUUGUCACAACGCAUUCGACGUUCAUCCAUCAAUUUCAAACGCUAUGUGAAGAAAUAGUUCAAAAGAUAAUAGAAGCUUCUUCAAAUAUAGAAUUCUUACAAAUUAUUAAACAACCCUGUGCUGUUUUAGAAUGUGUAGUCGAUCCAGAUGAAAUUUCCAAACACAUUCCACAAAUUAUUAAUCUCUUUAGAUUUAUCUGGAAAGAAUCUCCAUACUACAACUCUGAAGCUCGCAUCACAAAUCUUUUCAAAGCUUUGAGCAACCAAAUUAUAAUUUUAUGCAGAAACUAUAUCCGGUUGGAUGAUCUCUUCGAAGGCCAGACGAAAAAGGCGCUUGGAGAAUUCAGCAAGUGUAUAGACUGUUGCAAGAAAUAUCGAGAAAUUUAUGACGUGAUGGCUGAAGCACAUAGUGAAGAAAACCCUGGCACUUGGGAGUUAGAUACAGGAUCUAUUUUUAAUUAUAUAGAUUCAUUCAUACAGAGGUGCUUCGAUAUGUUAGAUGUUUGUAAUUGUAUGAUAAUUUUCGGAAGGAUCGACGAACUAGAAAAAAUUAAUAAGCCAUUAUUUGCUGGAGCACGUGGUGACCAAUUUGAGGCAAAAUGCGGCCAAAUCGAAAAACUGUUUAACGCCGCUCUUGAUAACGUCAAAAAUGUAGCGUCUAUAAUCCUCGAUGUUCAAGCGCCUGCAUGGUACGACGAUAUACUUCACUUUCGAACUGUUAUUAAAGACAUUGAGAUAAUAAUAGAGAAUUUGGUAGAAUCCGUAUUUGAAGGUGUUAAUCAUGUGGAGGAAGCUGUAGUGGCACUUUAUUCAUUACAUAACUACUCCAAGAGGAAGAAAUUGAGGCGGAUAUUUAAAAGGAAAACUGCUGAGGUGUGGGGAAUGUUUAGUGACGAGGUACAAGACUCCAAAAAGGAUAUGGUGUCCAGUCGUGGUCAGUUCCCAGCAGAUCUGCCUUCAUUCGCUGGCAGAGCGGUAGUUUUAAGAAUGAGGAAGAAUCGGCUGGUUUAUUUGAAGAAGGUAAUGACCGAUGCAUCAGUUUGGAUGAUGCAGUGCAGCAACUCUGAAGAUGUCAUCAUGCACGUCAACCGGCUGACGGGAGCUAUUGACGUCGCUAUCAGAGAGCUUUGGAUUUCGUGGACGCAUAACCUUGAUGACAAAUGUGGAGCGGGCUUAAACAGAACGUUGAUGCGAAAGAGCGCUGAAAAGGAGGGCUUGAUGGAAUGCAACAUAGAUGUAAAUAUUUUAGAUUUGUGCAAAGAAGCCGCUCAUUGGGAGAACUUAGGCUUAGACAUUCCAGUGCAUGCAUAUCAGGUAGGGUAG